UCACUCAGAUUUCCUUGUGAGUCAGACAAGGGUUGAUGACCUCCCACACACCCUGAACACCUGAACUCUGCAGGUUUUGCGCGCAUGUCUUCUACUCCUCUGUCAUCAGAAAAGACAAGAGUGACUGUUUUAACGAAGAUUGUAGAUUGUUUUUUGAAUUUAUCCCGAAUGGUGAAGCGAAGCCCCCAGGGGGGAUUGUAAGUGCGUGACCGCAGAAAAGUGACGCCCUGCCUGCAUCCAGAUGUUUCAUGUUUCCCCUGCGCGCUCUUUGGAAAGGUCUGGGACCAGCCUUAAAGAUAUAGUCCAUGGCAUCAAAUCGGAUUAGAGUGACUAGGAAUCCCGUGCUUUUUGUGUAAAGUGUUUGGAUUUGUGUGCAACGUUUUUCCCUCAGUGCCAUGGAGGUCGGAAGAGUGCGAGCAGCGCUGCUGCUGCUGGGGGUUCAUGUCUUGUGUGUUUCUGCGCUGUCUCUGCACGGACACGCCGGUGCAAAUCACGAGAAAGUGAUCGACCUUCUGGCAGCCCUAAACAUGUCCCAUCAAAGAAGUGGUGUUUCCAGAGUGCAGAGUUCCAGCAGCAUGGUGUACAAAAUUCGUCCCGGAGCAGCCUACCUGACCCUCCCUCGUGAACACUCCCAUUUCCUGCACUCCCACAUAAAUGGCAGUAUCGGGGUGCAUCUGGUGGGGCGUCAGGCAUCAAGAUCCAGCGCCACCAUAUUUUCUCUCUCCUCUGCAUCCUCACCCAUUCUCCAAAUCAUCUCCUCUACCCGCAAUGACACGCUGCAGUUGGAUUACCCAGCUCAGGGAAAAGCUCUUGCUCACUUUCACUUUCCAAGGAAAAAUCCCUUCUCUGCAGGGGAGUGGGUGCGGCUGGCUGUGAGCCUGGAGCCUGACAGAUUGGCACUUUUUGUAGACUGUCAAGAAGCUGUUGUUUUAGAGCUAAAACGAGCAAAUAGGAUCAACCUGAAACUUCCUGAAGAUGUUGUCAUUGCUCUUGGCAGCACACCAGGAAUAAAAGACAGCAAAUUCAAUGGAUAUUUGAAGACGGCUGAAAUGACAUUGCAAGCGUAUCGGAGGCGUCCUUGGAACUGUGAGAACAUUAAAGACGACUCGCCUCCCUCUCAGUAUGCAGACACACAUACUCCGGAUCCGCCAGCUGACAAGACUCAGAUGUUCCAACAUGAUACAUUAUCCACUAAACUUCAAAGGAACCACAGGCCGCGGGACCGAGACAGCCAUUAUCGCAAGGACUUCCAGAGUGAUCAGAUACAGAGAAGUGCGGGACUGGGGCCUCCGGCAUCUCCUCAGGGGGCAAAAUCUGUUGCUCAGGCACAGAGAAAUGACCGGCUAAUUGACAUGGAGAGGAAGCUAGAAGAGCUGUCCAUCAUGCUCAACAUGGUCAAAACUCAGAACGUGCAGCUAGAGUCACGCUUACAAUACCUGGAGGGGUGUGAGUGUGUGAAGCGGCGAUGUGUGUGGGAAGGACGUGAAGUGGACGAAGGCCAGCGCUGGCAGACUGACCUCAGCACUGUGUGUUCGUGUACAUCUGGAAAAGUCAUAUGUCAGACUGACAUCAAAAAUGAAGGGUGUGAUGGCAGGAUUCACAACGUGUCCACCAGCACUACGGGCGGCUGUCAGACACGCACGUGUGACGGUGUUAACAGGGAGUGCUCGCCCCAGCCAUGCCCUUCACCAGAUUGCACUCCACAGGAGACAGUACCUGGAGACUGUCACUUAGGGUGUACCUAUUCUGGUGUCCAGUACGCUAAUGGAGCCGAGUGGAGACCAGCAGAUAAUCUCUGUGAAGUUUGCUCAUGUUUGGAGGGUCAAGUUCGCUGUGAGAGAGAACAAUGUAACACCCGAUGCGACAAUCCUGCUGCUCCUCCGCCCGAUAGCUGCUGUCCCGUCUGUCAAGACUGUGGUGUGAAUGGACACGACUUCCCUAAUGGAGCUGCUGUUCCUACUCGAGACCACUGUCAGGAAUGUACAUGCGUGAACGGAAAUGUUGUGUGUUCACCGCUCCAGUGUCCUGCUUUGUCUUGUCACAACCCUGUACAUCAUGCUGGAGAAUGUUGCCCACGAUGUGGCCACCAGUGUGAAUAUGAGUCUGAAGUGUAUUUGAAUGGACAGAAGUUUGCGUCCAGCAGAGACCCUUGUCUCCACUGUCGCUGCUCUGCAGGUGAAGUGUCUUGUGAGCGUGCUGAGGCUUCCUGCCCCGCCCCAAACUGCAGACAUCCAGCUAAGCGCAAAGGAGAGUGUUGUCCAACAUGCAGAGAGUGUGAAUAUGACAGGAGAGUGUAUGCUGACGGAAAAGCGUUCAAUCCGCCUGGGAGCGGACCCUGCGUACAGUGCAGGUGCAAGGCUGGGAAUGUAAUUUGCCACGAGGAGAAAUGCCCUUCUGUCCGGUGCACCAACCCUAUUAGAGACCCCCAUCUUUGCUGUCCAAUCUGCAAGGCAUGUGUAUUGGAGGGAGUUGAGUAUGAAGAAGGCUCCAGUUGGCACCCUGAGGGUUCCUGUUCCACCUGCACCUGUGUGAGCGGAGAGAUUUCAUGUACACACACUCAAUGCCCCUCAGCUGAUUGUCUGCAUCCCACCAAAGUUACUGGCACUUGUUGUCCAGUCUGCGAUAGUUGCACUUACAACCAUCGGAUCUAUAGCAACGGCCAGAGGUUUCCAACGCCUGAUCAGCCAUGCCACAUCUGCACUUGUCUGCAUGGCACAGUUGAGUGUGAAAGGCGGCCAUGUCCACCUCUCACCUGCACAAACUCCUACACUCCACCGGGAGAGUGCUGCCCCAGAUGUCCAGACUGCUCCCUUGAAAACCAUGUAUUCACGGAUGGAGAUGUUUUUCCCAAUCCCGAGCGUGUGUGUGAGGAGUGUAAGUGUGUGAGCGGAAGGAUCGACUGCCACCAGCCACAAUGUCCAAACCCUCACUGCAAUGCACCUCUGCCCGGGACAUGCUGUCAGAACAACUGCAACGGCUGCAACUACGCUGGCAAUGAAUAUCCAAACGGACACGAGUUUCCCCAUCCCACUGACACGUGCAGGACAUGCAACUGCAUAAAUGGUAAUGUUCAGUGUCUGAAGAAGAGGUGUCCACCACUGCCAUGCUCUAACCCUAGUCUGGUGUCGGGGGAGUGCUGCCCCCAGUGUCCCGAUCCUCCAGGAGAUUGUGUGUACGAACAAAGAACCUACAGAAACGCAGAGCGCUUCUACCACCCAGCUGACAGCUGCCGGUUAUGUUCUUGCAACGAUGGGGACGUUCGGUGUCAGCACAAGCCCUGCCCGGCCGCCCCAUGCUCUCACCCCAUCACUCAAGAGUGUUGCAGGACCUGCGAAGGUUGCUUGCAUGAAGGUCGGGAGCGAGCUAAUGGGGAGACAUGGGAUGACGUGUCGGACCCGUGUGCUGUGUGUGCUUGUCGUGAGGGGUCCGUGCAGUGUGAGAGGAAACGCUGUCCAGCCUCCAACUGCAACCACCCAGUGCAGAGACAGUGCUGCAUGACAUGUAAUGGCUGCACGUUUCAUGGUCGUGAAUAUCCUGACGGGACUGAGUUCAGAGAUGACAACGACCCGUGCGGGAUGUGUUACUGUUAUGGAGGGGAAGUCGUCUGCACCAAGUUACCCUGUCAUCAAGACUGCAGCCACCCUUACAAGCCACCUGGGCAAUGCUGCGGAGAAUGUGAACGCUGCUUCUAUAACGAUGUGGUCCUCGUCAAUGGACAGUCCAUCCCUGACCCAGGAAACCCCUGCUCUGAAUGUAUCUGCCAGAGCGGCUCAGUGCGAUGUGAGAGGAAGACUUGUCCAGCGGCGCGUUGUCCUCAUCCGACUCCCGACCCAUGUGGCUGCCCCGUCUGUGACGGUUGUCAUUAUCAGGGUGAGACUUAUGUAGAUGGACAAAAGCUUCCAGGUGGCGAGCGAGGGUGUCAGGACUGCACGUGUUUAGGAGGUGAGGUGGUGUGUGCAGAGAGAAGAUGCCCCGCCGCGCCAUGCUCACACCCGGCUGUGGACGGCUGUGCAUGCGGCGCGUGUGAUAGGUGCAACUUUAACGGACGAGACUGUUUUAACGGAGAACGAUUUCCACACCCCGAAGACCACUGUCAGCGCUGCUCCUGUCUAAAUGGUGGUGUGGUGUGUUCAAGUCCACCCUGUAAAAGCACCACUUGUAAGUAUCCAGUGACCACUCCAGGGGAGUGCUGCCCUGUCUGCACGGGAAAGUGUUUGCACGAGGGUGAAGAGCAUCCGUCCGGCUCCACCUUCACGCCACUCUCUGAUCCCUGCUCAACAUGCUCCUGUCUGAACGAGGUGGUGACCUGUCAGAGGAGACGUUGUCCAGGGCAGUGCUCACACCCCGUUCCUACAGAUAGCUGCUGCCCCGUCUGUGACUCCUGUCUCUACGAGGGUGUUGUGCACCCUCAUACUCACACUUUCACAUCCUCAUAUAACCCCUGCCAGCGGUGCACAUGUGUCAGAGGGACAGUUUCCUGCGUGCCCCUUGUGUGCCCGCCGACGCCCUGCAGUCGCCCAGAAACCAAGCCAGGACAGUGUUGUCCUGAGUGCACAGGGUGUGUGCAGGAUGGACAGUCGUUCAGAGAGGGGCAGACAUGGAGCUCUGGGUCAAACCGCUGCUCUACCUGCACCUGUCAGGCAGGUGAGGUGCAGUGUACCUGUCCCGAGUGUCCAAAGCUUCAUUGUAUGCAUCAAGUGACUGAUCCAGGAUCAUGCUGUCCUCGCUGUCGAGGUUGUGUUUAUGACGGAGAGGAGCACUCAGAGGGCAGCAGCUGGUUUGCAGACUCCACGCCCUGCAUGACUUGCAUGUGCGUGGAUGGAGUGACCACCUGCUCUGAGGUUCGAUGCGUUUCUCCGUGUGUCAACUUCAUCAACGUGCCUGGGGAGUGCUGCCCAGUGUGUGCUGACUGCGUGCUUGAGGGCAGGGUGUACGGCCCAGGAGACAGUUUCCAUCCAGCUGGUGACCCCUGUCAGAUCUGCGAGUGCGAGGUUAUGCCGGACGGAAAGCAGCACCUGAAGUGUUACCGAAAGCAGUGUCCCAGUCUGGUCGACUGUCCCAAGAGCAACAUCUUGUUCUCCGGACCAGACUCCUGCUGUCCCGUCUGUGCACAGCCUCUCACUAACUGCACAACUACACUGAUCGGAAAUGAGGUGUUGGCUACGGAUAACCCCUGUUUUACCUGCCAGUGCAAGGACCUCACAUGGACCUGCUUACAACAAAUCUGCCCACCGCUCACUUGCCCUCCUCAUGAACAGUUCAUUCCUCCAGAUUCAUGUUGCCCUGUGUGCAAAGAUUGUGUUAUUGAGGUUCAAAACAGGCGCGUGGCCAACGGCGCCAGCUGGACGGACAGCAGUGAUGAUUGUGUUACAUGUACCUGUAACUUGGGUCAUAUCGAGUGCAGCGUUAAGGAAUGCUUACCUGAAGGUUGUGGCCACGGACAAAAACCAGUGAAGAUUCCAGGGAAAUGUUGCUAUGAAUGUCAAGGUAUCACCAGCUCGGUGGCAUCUUGUUUGUACCAGGGGACCACAUAUCAUUCCAAUGAGCAGUGGGAGGUGGAUGAGUGUACCAGCUGUUCAUGUGUGUCUGGAGACGUGCAUUGUCGCAGUGAGCGUUGCCCUCCUGUCACCUGUGCAGCAGAUGAGAUGCCUGCCGUUGUCCCCGGUUUGUGUUGUCCUCACUGCCUGCCUCGUCCAGCUACCUGCAUCGUCUUCGGCGACCCUCAUUACCGCACCUUUGACGGCCGCAUGUUCCACUUCCAGGGAACCUGCACAUAUGUCCUGGCCCAGGACUGUGUGGGUGCUGACUUCAGUAUUCACGUCACAAAUGACGAUCGUGGACGUAAAGGCGUGUCCUGGACUAAAGAAGUGACCGUGUUUUUAGGAGACACUACAGUGCAGCUCCUCCAGGACUGGGUUGUGAAGGUGAACGAAGAGCCUGUGACUUUACCAUUCCUCAUAGAGCCAUACAUAUAUAUAGAGCGACAGAGCAACACUGUCUUACUCAAUACCAACAUUGGACUGAAGGUGCUGUGGAGUCCUCGUGCACACCUGGAAGUGAGCGUGCCGGGCUCCUAUAAGAGCCGCACCUGUGGUCUUUGUGGAGACUUUAACAACUACCAUCAGGAUGACCUCCGAAUGCCGAACGGCCAACUCAGCCGAUCAGAGUCUGAGUUUGGCAACGCCUGGAGGGUGAAAAAUGGAAGCCACUCCCUGUCAUCCUGUCAUCCCGGCGAGGACGUCAGUCCCUGUAAAGCCGCGGGAUACCAGGCCAAGAAGGUGGCCAACAACCGCUGUAAAGUCCUGAAGUCUGCAGUCUUCAAGCCCUGUCAUCGUGUGGUGCCUCCUGAACAGUGGUACGGCGCUUGUGUGUACGAUCUCUGUGCUUGUGGGGCCAAUACGGACGAGUGUCUUUGCGACACGCUGGAGGCCUACGCCAGCCAGUGCAGAGAGGCUGGAGUCGUUCUGCAGUGGAGGAGCACAUCCCUGUGCGCCGUGGGCUGCCCGCUGGAGAGGGGCUUUGUGUUUGACGAAUGCGGCCCGCCGUGUCCCGUCACCUGCUUUAAUAAGGACGUGCCGCUCGGCGUGAUAGAGAGCCACUGCUUCAAGCCCUGCGUGCCAGGCUGCCAGUGUCCCGCCGGCCUGGUCCUACACAACAACUACUGCAUCCAGCCAGAAAAAUGCCCCAAGAUCAUCCAUGGUAGCCAUUUGUGAUGCUUGAAUUGCACCGUUACAAGCUGAUACUCACACACAGACACACUUCUACAUCAGCCUGUAUUACUGUAUCAAAAAACAAAAAAAUCAGGAAAAAUAUCCAGAUGCACAUCCAGGAAUUUAUUAUACGUCGCACUGAGUAUUUAUAUUAGACAAUUUUUUUAUUCCAAAUUUUCUGUUUUAUUUUUCAACCUAAGUCUAUGUACACAUUUAUAAGUUAUUUUGGAAGACAUAUAUUGUUCAGUUUUUGUUGUUUAUUUUUUACAGUAAUAUCUUUUACUGAUUCCGCACUUACACUGUGGAGAUUAUACGUCAGCAAUGUGCAAUAUCUGACUGUAUGUACUGUAUGUAAAUCACAUAAUCUCAGGUAUUCUUCAUUUUAUAUUUCACAAAUAAACUGCAGUUUCAUUAAAA